GCGCACGUCCGUUCCCUCGUCAGCCUCCGCGACGCCCCGGACUGGCGCCCGGGCAGGGCCUGCGGCGGGCGCGGCGCCUCCCUCCGCCAUGGCUGCCCUCCGGAAGAAGCUGGUGGUGGUGGGAGCCGGCGCCUGCGGCAAGACGAGCCCGCUGGUGGUGUUCAGCCGCGACCACUUCCCGGAGGAGUACGUGCCCACGGUGUUCGAGAACUACGUGGCCGACGUGGAGGUGGACGGCCGGCGGGUGGAGCUGGCGCUGUGGGACACGGCCGGCCAGGAGGAGCACGACCGCCUGCGGCCGCUGUCCUACCCGGACACCGACGUCGUGCUCCUGUGCUUCGCCAUCAGCAGCCCGGACAGCCUGGAGAACGUGCCGGCCAAGUGGGCCCCGGAGGUCCGGCACUUCUGCCCCAGCGUGCCCCUCGUCCUGGUGGGGAACAAGAAGGACCUGCGGAACGACGCGGGCACCAGGCGGGCGCUGGCGGCCUGGAAGCAGGAGCCCGUGCGGCCUGAGGCAGGCAGGGACGUGGCCAGCAGGAUUGGCGCCUUCGGCUACCUGGAGUGUUCGGCGAAGACCAAAGAGGGCGUGAGGGAGGUGUUUGAGAUGGCCACGAGGGCUGCUCUGCACGCCAGACGCGGCAAGAAGAGUGGUUUACCAAAGACUGCAAACCGGAAGUCACCUUGCUACAGUGUUUAGAAGUCAACCAUGGUCAAUGAUAUCCAACUCGGCCACCACCACCAUCCCCCCCCCCCCCGCCACUGUCCUGUACCCUAACCCUGCCUGACACAGCAGGUGCUGUGAAUUUCUUCACUUCUUCUUUCUUGAAAGAGAAAGCAGGUGUCUCUUGUGAAUGAGGUUGGAACUACUUUAAAACCAGCAUCCCACCUGGCAGCUGCAGGGUACUCUGAUGCGUUACCACUGCGGAGCUUUGCUCCUUAGCAGAUCUCAUUGGUGUACCUCUGGGUAUCCAGUUUGUUUCAAAAAAAAAAGGGGGGGGGGAGUGGGGACUCAGCCAGCAAAACCCAAGUCCAUGCGGCUGUGGCAGAGUUACAGCUCUGUGGUUUCAGGUUUGUUACCUUAUGGUUCCUGUGUAAUUAGUGCCACUUAAUGUAUGUUACCAAAAAUAAAUAUAUCUACCCCAGGCUAAA